UGUGAAAAAGUGACGAAAAACAACGACGGCGAUCAGUGAGCUGUGCAGCGGAGAAAGAUAGUGCACCGUUUGACACAGUCAACUUAUGAAAAUGAAAUUUGUGGUGUUCCUCCUCCCGCUGACGAUCGCAUCCUCCCUUGCGAUAACGACGUCCCCCAUCGAGACUCCCGCCGCAUCGAAAGCGGACGCCGCCAUCAGUCGAAAGGAGAAGCGUGGCAUCUUCGGCCUGGGGGCCUAUGCUCCAGCGGCACCGAUUUAUGGUCACGGUUACGCUCACGCUCACGCACACGCACACGCGGCGGCGCCACUGCCUCUGCCUCAUUUCCAUAACGAUGGUGUCGUAGUAGGCGCUGCAGCUCCCCCUGUUGCCCCGGUUGGACCGUUCCUGGGUGCUUACGCUCACACCCACAGCCACACUGUGGUCACGAAGAAGAUUGGCGUCCCCAUCCCGCAGCCGUACGCCGUUCCAGUCGACCGGCCGUUCCCCGUUCCGAUUAAGGUUCACAUUCCCGUCCCGGUUGACCGUCCCUACCCGGUUGCCGUUCCGAAACCAUUCGCCGUGCCCGUUGACAGACCCUACCCGGUCCCAGUGGAUCGUCCCUACCCGGUGCCGGUGGCCCAUCCCGUCCCAGUUCCCGUUGUGAAACACGUCGGUGUUCCAGUACCAGCCCCGGUCCCAGUGGCUUACCCCAAACCGGUCCCCGUCCCAGUGCACACGCCGUACUUUGCUGCAGGUCAUGCCCCCGCCUACGGACCGGAUCCAUGGACCGCCGGAGCCAAGCUGUGGUAAUCGCUCAAAGUUAACGAGAUUAGUUCCCUGCAGUGGAAGUGAAUAUGAUUACAUAUUAGGAAGAGUACC